AUGAAUAGAUUUGAUGAUUUUUUAACUUAUGCUGGCCUAUAUGAUUUGGGAUACCAAGGUCCAAAGUUCACUUGGAGGAGGGGAUCAAUGUGGGAAAGGCUUGAUAGAUUGUUGGGGAAUUCUAAAUGGCUUCAGACUUUCCCCUUCACUAUAAUUUCUCAUCUUGCUAUGUCUGGUUCUGACCAUAGUUCCCUACCUUAUUCUAUUCAAAAUAAUGAGAGUCCUAAAUGCUCUCCUUUCAGAUUUCAAAAUAUGUGGACUCUUCACCCUGAGUUCCUUGUGGAGAUUGAAAAGGUUUGGAGCUCUAAUGGUGGUGUUAACCCUUGGAUGAAUCUGUGGCACCUUCAAAAGAAAGUGGCAGCUCAUUUACAAAAGUGGAACUGGAAUAAAUUUGGAAAUAUUCAUGAUAAUUUGACUGCUACUCAAAAUAAGGUUCUCAAUUUGGAAAAAGGUUUCCAAAGGGGAGUAAAUUCUGAAAUUGAGCUACACAGAGUUAAUGAGGAACUUCUUGUGCAUAUUAAUUUUUCUGAAAACUUUUUGAAACAAAUGGCUGCUAUUACCAAAUUCAUUGAGGGGAAUAGAAACUCUAGCUUUUAUCAUGCCUGUAUUAAUUUCAAAAGAAAAUGUAAUAUGAUUCUAUCCAUUACUGAUUCUAUUGGCAAGUGUUUAGUUGAUGCAGAUGCAAUUGCCCAAGAUGCUGUCAACUACUUUCAGAACCUUUUCAAUAGUCAACCAUCUUCCAGAUCCCAUAUUAAUACUGAGCUUUUGUCUGACUGUUAG